CGUUGCCCCGGCAGCGGACUGAUUCACCUGUGCCUGCUUCUUCACGCCAACUCGGGAACGGUUAAAGAGGAGGAGAGGGCGGAGAGCCGAGCAGGGACCCGCGGGGAGGAGGGGAACACCCCUUUUCGGGUCCCUGCAAGAGUUUCCGCCUGGACCCUCAUCUCGGGUUCCUCUGCGGGAAUCCCGGGCCGCUCCGGGCUCCGCGGGGAGGGCCAAGGCCGUACGAAGGGCAAGGCAAGGGAGCCCGAGUCCCCGGCCGCCUCCGUGGUCUAGGGGCGGGACAACGGCGGCUCGGGGACAAAGUGCAGGGAGACUCCCGAGGAGAUAAGAGGGAGAGGCGAAGGAAGGGGGCGGGGAGCCAGCGCCCCGGGGCUCAAGGCUCGCGCUCCCGGAGGUCUUGGCCGAGAGCUGAGCUCAGCCCGCCGGGGAGGGGGCGCCCUAGAGCCUCUUCACCCCAGCCGCUGCCGGGAUGCCGAGAAGCCCCGCGGGCCGCGGCGGCGGGGCGGCUGGGCGGCUCGCGAGCGCGGGCGGCGGCCGGGGCCCGCUCCCGCCCGCCCCACCGGAGCGCGCGGGGCGGGAGGCGGGGCUGCCCGGCUCACCUGGCCGUUUGGGGCGGAGCCGCCCGCGACCCGGGGACGCGGAGGGAGCGGCGGUACCCACGGGGCUCUAGAGGGGCUUGCCCUGUGUACCCCGCCCGAGCUCCCACCCUCCCAAGCACAACCCCCCCCCCCCACCUCCCGCGCCGGGCCCUCUCGCGGCUCGCGGCCUCUCUCCCUCCCUCUCCCCUCCUUUGCUCCCUCCCUCCGAGCCCAAUUGCUCAAGCCGCUUCCUUCCCCAACGCCAGCGCCAGUUCCUCUCCCGGAGGGGCCCGGGAAGGGCAGCGAACGCUCGACACUGGAAGCGCCGCGGCGGCAGCGGCCGGACCAUGGCCGAGCCCCGAGGGGCCGCGAACCCGGGGCGCAAGGCCUCCCUCGCCGCCACCGCGCUGAGCUCGCGGAGCGCCGCGCCACCCCGCCCCCCGAGAGCGGACCCCAGCAGCCUGGGCAGGUACCGGGACCACGCCGCCGCGGCCGCCGCCUCCCGGGACUUGCACGGCUCGCCGAUGCUCUCGGGAACGGGCAGCGGCCGCCGGCGCGGAGCGCUGUGGGAGCUGCUGGGGCUGCAGGGGGCGGCCCCCGCCGGCUGGCUGUCGGAGGAGCGCGCCGAGGAGCAGUCCCCGGCCGGGCCGAACGGUCCGGGGGGCGGCGGCGGCGGCGGCGGGCUGUGCCUGGAGCCCCACGAGCACGCGUGGAUACUGGCGGCCGCCGAGGGCCGCCUUGAGGUGCUGUGGGAGCAGCUGGAAGCCGAGCCCGGGCUGCUGCUGCGGUGCGACCCGAUCACGGGCUACACGGUGCUGCACUGGCUGGCCAAGCACGGGUGCCACGAGGAGCUCAUCCUGGUGUACGACUUCGCCCAGCGCCGGGGGCUGCAGCUCGACGUGAGCGCCUCGGGCAGCGGCGGCCUCACGCCCCUCCACCUGGCGGCCCUGCAGGGCCACGACAUGGUCAUCAAGGUGCUGGUGGGCGCCUUGGGGGCUGACCCCACGCGCCGCGACUACAGCGGCCACCGGGCCUGUCACUACCUGCGACCCGACGCGCCGCGGAGCCUGCGGGAGCUGUCGGGGGCCGAGGACUGGGAGACGGCGGGCGACAGAGGGCGGAACAACGCCAACAACAACAGCAGCGGCUGCGCCGCCGCGUGGACGCUGCGACGGACCCCGAGCGCGGUGGGCGCGACCGCCGUGGAGAAGAACUACACGCCCCGAAAGGAAAAGGACUACGCGGGCAGCCGGGUGGCGCAAAUUCAGGGCCUUUUCCGCCAAAUAUUCCCCUUCUUCCAGGACCGGUGAGGGCGACGGAGACCGGAGAGCGCGGAGGGACCGCGACGCCGCGUGGAGGCCUCGGUCUCCGGUUGUCUCGGGCCCCGCCCGAAGGGGCGGCAGCUCGGGCCGAAGCCGAGCGCGCUGGGCCUGCAAGCGGCGGACCACCUCCAGCUUUGUCUCAGGUACCUGUCCCAGGUCUUCUACGGCCACCGGCCAGGAGACCUGGGGACCAGGGUACCCUCACCGAGACAGCAAAGACCAAGCCGCCCUGACGCCGAGUCCCAAGACUACAGGACUACGGAGUUAGGAGCGGGAGUGCCGUCCUACGUGGGAGAGGAAAACUUAACGCUUCCAAGAGCCAUUUCUGGGCAGGCAGAAGCUCUGGGUUUAUUAGGAAGCACUCGCUUAGAAGAACGAGUUAAGACUAUAAACCACGGAUAACAGAGGAAACACCUAACUGAAGGCUUGACUCGGCUAUUCCUGCGGGCAGAGUCACCCUUCCCCCCAACCUGCUCCUGACACCUCCAGGCUUUUACGGGUACUUUUUGUAAUGUAUCACGGAUGACUUCUUGAGCAUAUUAAAGCGGAGUAUGUUUUCCUUUCACAUGA